AUGCCAAUGUAUGUUCCAGUAAAAGACAUUGGCCCGCUUGAUAGGGAGAAAGCAAUCAGAGUGAAGUGUGUUAGAUGCUACGAAAUAGCCGAGAACAGAGGGUCCACCGAGAUCAAGAGUCGAGAAGUUUUGGUCUGUGAUAAAGAGGGUACUUUCAUACAUUUGAAUAUGCAAAACAGUGAUGUCCAGAAAUAUAAGAAUGUGUUCAUAGAAGGGAAGCUCUAUUCUGUAAAAAACUUUCUGGUUUUCACCCACUAUUAUACUUUCAAAACUUGUGAUCACAAAUAUAUGAUCAGGUUAAACUAUAAGACUCAAGUAAAGGCCAUCAAAUCGAAAGGUUUUCCUAAUAAGAUGUUUCAGCUCAAAAACUAUGACUCUUUGAAAGACCCUACUCAAGUGAAUGACAAGGUGUUGUUUGAUUUAAUAGGCAGGGUUGUCGAGAUCCAUGCUCCUGUGGACAAAAUAAUAGGAGGCAGACCAGCAAAACUUCUUGAUUUCAAAAUGGCGGAUAAUCAGGGAAAUACAUUACCGUGCACUGUUUGGGACAGUCAUGUUGCUUCUAUGGUACCAUAUUAUGAUUCUGGUCUUCAAGAACCCCUAAUUUUGGUUCUUCAACUUUGUCGGGCAAAAGUGGUGAAUGGUGAAAUCAGAAUUACUAGCUGCUAUGAUGCUACCCAACUUCAUUUGAAUGGACCUUAUCAAGAAUUUGCUGAUUUUAAAUCUCAGUUAAGUGCACCACACAGCCCUUUACGCAGUAUCAGCACUGCAACUUUGCUUUCUCAAUCCCAAGUAAUUGAUGACUUCACCAGUGGUGCUUUGACUGUAACUAUAGUUGCUGAUCUAUUGAAAAAGAAACAGAAUAGGGAAUUCUAUGUGCCUGCUGAAAUAGUGGGAAUUGAAGGGUCAUUUGGAUGGAUGUACAUCUCAUGCAUGUCACCAGGAUGUAACAGAAAACUGUCUGGCCAAGUAGGUGAUUUCAGUUGUACGCACUGUAAUAAGAAGUAUCAAGAAGGCAUGGCAAGGUAUAGAGUGAAAGUGAUUGUUCUUGAUAAAGGUCAAAAAGAUGCUCCCUUCCUUUUGUGGGAUAGGGAGUGUUCUGAAUUAGUUGGUAUCCCAGCACACAGUUUGUACCUCAAGUAUAAUAAGGUUUCAGACAUUCCAGCAGAAUUGGAAUCCUUAGUUGGUAUGCGAAUGAUAUUUAAGAUAUCAUUAAAGAUGGAGUUCAUGAAGGGAGCUAAUUCAGCCUACACUGUGAUGAGAGAGGCUUCAAAUGGAGAGAAUGAGGUCAACAGCCCCUUGAGUAUACAGCACUCUCAAAGUGUAGACCUUGAGACUGAUGAUUCUAAUGGUGUUAAGAGAUCGCUGCUGGAUCAAUUUUCCUCCUCAAGGAAGAAGGGGAAAAAUGUUGUUGUUAAGAAGGAAAAAGUUUAA